AUGAGUGAUCUGCAGGCCACCUUCGAGUUCUCGGUGGAACUUUACAAGUUCUACAAUGUCGAUCUCUUCCAGCGAGGGCUUUAUCAAGUCCGUGUGGGGCUUCGCGUGUCACCAAAAGUUCCCGUUCACAUUGAGGCAACGGUAUCCAGUGGCAAUGGCGCCGCUAGGACUGGCAGGCCAGCCGCCAACGCGUCGCUUAUCGGAGGCCUGGCUGCCUCCAGGGCUUUCCAGAUUAUGUAUAGAAACGAGGAGAUCACUUUAAGGGACAUAGUACACUUUAGAGCCCAUCUUUUAGUGCAUACUAUACGUCAGAAAUUGUCACUAUUGCUACUAGCCCUGAGAGCGGUGUACUCUAACAUGUUCAGUCAUUUACACCCUAGUCUCUUAAUGGUAGACGUUACAAAAGCAAGUUUGUGGCUAGGAAGCACUUUCGAAAGAGAUAAACCAGGACAAGUUAUAGCAACACUGGCGGAUAUAUAUUAUUUUGUAUUCUUUACAUUAAUAAGUUUAUCUAAUCUACCAGUUGAUAGCCGCAACCUUAAAGAGUCCUUGGAAAGGGCGGAAUGGAGUCUUGGUGUGGAACUCUGGUGCAGCGAGGGUGCCCAGUCUAGUACUUUGACUCCUGUCUCCUGCCGCGUGUUAAAGCUGCACUUUCAGCCUUCCCAGGGCUUGCACUACCAUCUGCCUGUGCUGUUUGACUACUUCCAUCUCUCCGCAGUAUCCGUCACCAUCCACGCUAGCUUGGUUGCCUUACAUCAGCCGUAUAUCAAGAAGAGCAUCAUGCAUUAUGUCCAAAGCUGCACGCCUCGCUCUAGCAAACAGUGGGGUAAACUGAUGAAGAGUGCAGGUUCAAACUUCAAUGCUACUGGCAGCUUGGAGAACAUUCUAUUUGGAUCGAGUGGAAAAUGCGCUGGAGGAAAUUCAAGCAAAAUAGCUCAUGCCAGACAAGUUCAUGCUGAAGUUUGCGGUAUAUUAUUGGGUUCAUUGGAAGGGCUUCAGAGUGCAUUAACUGUGUGCGGUUCAACGGGUGUGUUGUUGACUCCUGAAGAGUCUGCUUCCAACUCCGUGGUCGGUGAAGUGGCACAGCGGAUAAAAGACUUGAGUGAUUUGGGCAAAAAAUCCGAAGCUGGGGAAGAAGAGGAGUGGGCAAUGGGAGCUGCUCACGACAUUGCUCGACUCUGCGCAGAAGUAACACUACGGUGGCGUGCUUUUCUUCAUCACACCUCAGAUAGGCCACACGUUCAUCACGCGCUUGCAGCCAGACAUCAUGCAUUACGCAUCAAACGCUUCUCCGAAUGUUUCUUCGUGUUGGACAACCCUCGUCAUUCCCUUGCUGGAUGUUACGACAGUAACUACCAGUCUUAUCAGAGCGUGGGUGAGACGGCUCGGCGUUCGCGUUACUUGGCGCUUCUACCACCCCUACCAGUACAUUGCAUUGCUUUGGAUGGCGAUCCACAUAUAAUGCCUAUUAUAUUUGAGGAUAGAUACCAGGACACAGCCGAGUUUGCAAGACGGCGAUCGUUUUUAAAUUCUAACGCCAAUAAAGCUGGAAGUGAUCCGUUCCUAUGUUCGGACCCUGCCGGAGAAGACUGUGCUUGCAGUGUUAGUUCCAUAAUGGACUCUAGGAGACCAUCAUCAGAAGCUUCUCGCGUGACUUUAUCAUUGCCAAAAAAUAUAAUAGAUGUCCUCGAACCACAUUUUGAUAACCAAAAAGCACCUUCAGGUGUAGUACAAGCCACUUUAACAUUAGCGCCUCAAAAAUCAGCCAGAGGAUCCCCAAAGCGAACACUUGUAAAACAACACGUCGUAGAGAUGACAAAACCCCAUAAUAAGCAAUUAGAACUUACGGGAAGAAAUAGAUAUAUUGUACAAAACAAUCAAAUUAGCGAAAUCCAACUUCCCCCUAAUAAUGUAUUUGCUUCAUGUCCUAUCCAGCAAGGACAACAAAUGUCCAGAUACUCAGCCUCAACGCUAUUAGACAUAAACUCCGCUAAGAGUACAACAAAUGUUUCACAUGUAGGUAAGGAAAAAUCUGAUCGUGAUGAAGUUUUUAACCAAAAGCAUGACAUUACAAGUGGCGUAAGUACAUUACCAGCAAGACAUAGUAAAUCUUUAGAUCAGUUAAGAGUAUCACAAAUGGCGCCUCUAAGUGUACAAACAUUAUCCAAAAAUGUGAAAAAUAGCUCAAACAACUCCGUAAAUUAUCACAAAUCAUACGCCCCGCCUCAACAACAAGUAAAACCAACUACUCUUCCUAGAAGUAUUACAACCACAUCUUAUCCUACCAGUACAACGACAAGAUGUGGAUCGAAAGGUGAUGAAUAUAGACGUAAUAUAAACGAAUUUAGAGAAAAAUAUAAAAAUCCAGGUAAUUCUGUUAAUUUUCAUGGUAUGAAUAAUGAAGUAUUUCAUUCUGUAGGACAUAAGUACGAUGGGACAAUGAAAGGAGGUAGUAAUCAAAUUUAUGGUUACACUUUCGGUAAUCAGGGUAAUAUGACAGUGAAUAAUAAUAUUCGUAAUCCUUUAGAGUUUCAAAGAGGCUACAGUGUAAAUUUACCCCGUCCUAUGUUGCCUCCUCGUAAUUCUUAUCCACCUGUUAGUGGAAAAAACCAAGUGACUGAACAGAGCAAUCUAGUUUCUAACAAACAUGUUCAUAGAUCGAACUCAACACAUGUUUUUAACCAAAGCGUAGAAAAACAACACAUGGACAUUGAGGCCGCACGAAAUCAAUUAAGACACGAAUUAAAUUAUUACCUUCAAAAAGGGGACUGGAGCUAUGACUUUAACACAGGGAGUCUUAUUCAAAAUUAUCAAAAGAAAUCGAGUAAAAGUAGUGACGAUAGCGGUUUCGUUAUGACUUUAGACCGGAGUAGCGAUGGAACAUCAAAAUCAACGUAUUCAAAAACUCCUCCAUCGACUCCUCAUUCCACUUUACCAUCUGUACGACAUAAAAAGAGUCGUUCUAAAGAUUCUAAGUUAAACCUUAAUGGAACUGAAAUUACAAAAAUGAAUUCAAGUCGUGAUUCACUGAGUAGCCAUCACUCUGUCAAGUCCAGAGACAGCAAAUCCGAUCGACAUACGCCAAAAUCAGAUAGAAGUACUCCAAAAUCUGAAAAAGAGACACCUAAAUCAGGUAAGGCUACUCCCAAAUCAGGAGUAGUAACUCCGAGAUCUGGCUUGGCUACACCGAAAUCAGGUGGAACUACACCCAAGAGUGGUAGAUCAAGCGGUAAACCAGAAAAACGAGGAAAACAUAAAGCUUCCGAGAAAAUGACUCAACUAAUGUCAGAGGCAGCUUCGUCGUCUAGUGAUGAAAGCAUACCUUUUGAAUUGAGGCGCUUAGAAUCUUCAUCCAGUGUACCUUAUAGUUUAGAUCACGGCACUGAACUACGACAUUGUCGAAGCGCUGUAUCAAUAAUAGAGGAAGCCAAUCUUCACAACAACUUUGGAUCAGAGUCUUUACCAAAUUUAGCUCCACCACCAGCAUUUGAGUCACCUCCUCUAGAUAUAACUGAUAAAGAUUUUAAAAUAUUACCACCAGAUAAUUUUCUUAACAAAGAAGAAAAACACAGUAGCUCAACAUCAAGUCUAAGCGAACAAAGUGGUUGGGUUUCUAGUGGACGUAGUUCAGGCCCUUCUUCACCGGAUAAUGGGAGUUGUCAAUUAAGUCAAAAUUUUCCACCCACUAAACCCACAACAAUGUCAAAAGCUAGUGGCAAGAAAGAGGAUGAAGCUACUGAAACUCGGAAAAAAGAUGGAGAUAAAAUUUGCGACUUUAAAAGAACUGUUUUAAAUGGAGAACAACUGCGGGAACGACUUCUUAAAUUGGCAAUAAAAGCAGCUCAAAGUAGUUCAACUGAAAAAAUUGAGUGUUGUGAUAAAGAAGUAUGCGAAGAAUGUACGAUAUGUAGUGAUUCUAUAUGCACAGACAGUCAGUGUGAAUAUAAUAAAAUGAUGCAUUCUAACGGAAUUGAUGCAGGAUGUAAUUCCGAUACAUGUACAGCCAGUUGCUUUCAACAGUAUCCUGAAACCAAGGUUAAUAAAGUUAAUCAAAGACAUAAUUCAUUCAGUGCAAUUCAGGGCAAGACUUAUAGCACUGUAAGUAGAAACUCUAGUGAGGCUACAGUGAAAAAAUCACAAACAGUUAGUGAUAACUUACACCCAUAUAUAAGAAAAGAAAUAUCUUCAAAAACACAACCUCCAACUACACAAUCAGGGGUUCAAGACAAACAGACAGAUAAAAAGUCCAGCACUUUAGAUAAAACUAAAUUAAAAGAUAGAAUACAAUACACAGAAAAGUUAAUAGCUGCAGAAAUUUUGAGUUUAACCGUUGACAGAUCUUGUAAACCUAGUGGUGCUGUGAGUGCUGCAAAAAAAUACCAGGGUAAAGCAAAAUCUGAAGUCGAUUUGAGUCACUUUGGAACAAACGUUUACGAACAUUUACCACCACCGCAACAAUUUAGAGAUGCUCCACCACCACCUGAACAAUUUAAGGACCCACCAUCUAAGUCUCCAAUGUUGAGCCGUCAAAGUAGUAAAUCUUCAACACCUUCGAAAAGUCAACGAAAAGCAUCUCAGCCUACUACGUUGCAGCUAGACAAUCCACUAUAUCACGUGUGUGAAGGAAUAUUGGAAAGACGAAAGUUAAGGCCAAACCAAUCAAUGACUUACAAUACUACACCCUCAUCUAGUACACUAAACAAAAGCCAGAGCACAGGCGAAUUAGCAAGCAGAAACGAAGUUAAUAAGGAACAACGCCAAAGCAACCUUAUCAGUAUUUUUGGAUUGGCUGAAUCUGAGAGACUAUUUGUAAAAUGCAGGGAAGAGUUUAGACAAAGCGUUAAAUACCCAGGAGCAAUAUAUUCAGAUUUUCCACCUGUCGAAAAUUCCUUGCCGUAUUUCCAUAUAAGCGACGAAUACAGAAUGUUUAAUCCAGAAGGAUUGCAUCUCAUUAUAUGUGUCCACGGCUUAGAUGGCAAUGCAGCCGAUCUACGUUUAGUUAAAACAUAUUUGGAGUUAGGACUCCCGGGAGCUCGUCUAGACUUUCUUAUGUCUGAGAGGAAUCAAGGUGAUACAUUUUCUGACUUUGACACAAUGACGGACAGACUCAUUCAGGAGAUCAUGACACACAUACAAAGCUCAAACGAGCCUGCGAGAAUUAGUUUUGUCGGUCAUUCAUUAGGUACCAUCAUCAUUAGGUCUGCUUUAGCAAGACCACAAAUGAAACCAUUUUUGGGCAAGCUGCAUACCUUUUUAUCUCUAAGCGGGCCGCAUUUGGGAACUCUAUACAACUCUAGUGGACUUGUGAAUGCAGGAAUGUGGUUUAUGCAGAAAUGGAAAAAGUCCGGAUCUUUACUGCAGUUAUCACUUCGUGAUGCCUCUGAUCCCCGAAAAUCGUUUCUGUACCGUCUAAGCGAACGAAGUCAAUUGCACCAAUUCAAACAUAUCUUACUUUGUGGUUCAGGUCAAGAUAGAUAUGUACCGUUACAUUCAGCGAGACUGGAGCUGUGCAAAGCUGCUGCCAAAGACACUUCUUUAUUGGGACAAGCUUAUAGAGAAAUGGUCCACAAUAUGGUGUCGCCUCUUGCUGCUCGUGCUUCCUCAGUGUCUGUCGUUCGUUAUGAUGUUCAGCACGCGUUGCCGCACACAGCCAGCGCCCUCGUCGGCCGUGCGGCACAUAUUGCAGCACUAGACUCCGACCUAUUCAUUGAGAAGUUCUUAUUGGUCUCCGCGCUUAAAUACUUCCGUUGA